CCUCCCUUGAGCCGCAAAUACUCACGCACAUUCCUUCUAGCGACCACUCAGUCUUCUCAGUCGUAUCAACGCCGGCUUUGGAAUGAGCCCACGCAAGAAGUCGAAGCCGAACCCCAAGGCGGCCGUCGACACCACUCCCGGUCUCCGGAGCUCCGCGGCGACCGGUGCUUCGAAUACCGCCUCAGACAUACCGAGCCCUAGCGAAAUACCCCAGAACGCGCCCUCGAAUAAAUCGGUAGCCGAGUCCGGUAUCACUUCGGAUGGGACCUCAACACAUGAAAGCUCUAGUCUCCAGACGCUGAACAAGAAGCCCAGUCGGAAGUGGCUGGGGGGCACCGGAAGCUGGCGGUCAAAGGCGCCGGCAAUAGCUAAGAUUGCUAAAGAGAGCAUCGGUGUGAGUCGAGGAGCCACGGCAGAGCUGCCCGGAGAGCAUGCCAAGAGCCCGAAAGAGCAGGAGCAGUCCCCCAAGAAGUUUCUCUCGAAGCGCAAAUCGAGUAAAGGCGAUGCAAUACCAGCAGCCAUGACCAAGCUAACCGUCUCUUCAGACGGCUCGGUGGGCGACCCCCAAGGUGUGCAGUCGGGUGCGACGCCGAUGGAUCCUGCAGAUCCUCCACCACCCACUAUUGAGGAGCCACCCUUCCCCCCAGAUCCCCAGAAGAAGGAACCGAACAGCCAAGCCACAAGCACAUUCGGAUGGCGGAGCUGGUGGUCACGGCCCGACGGGUACGACUCUGCUCAGGUAAAAGAGGGUAACGCGCAGAAUGACACCGACGAGGCACAGAGGACCCCACUGCCAGGUGCGACGCCAUCCGAAGAUGCGGAUACCAAGUCGAAGGAGCUCGGGAAUAGUACUGCACCUGAUCAGUCUUCGGAACAAACAAUGGACGUUCAGGCUGCGUCAGAAAUGGUUAAGGAUGCUAGCGCAGGAACAGGAAACGUAUCAAGUACGUCGUGGUUCUGGUUAUGGAGUAGUGGGCAGAAUGCGCAGACAAACCCAUCCCCCACAGCAUCCCAAGCUGGGGAUUCAUCUCCGGGGCCGGUUUCUACUGCUCUGGUCGCGCCCGUAGAGUCCCCGAAACAACCAGAAAUGCUCGUAGAGGCACCACUAGUUGCACAUAAAGAGACACUAGAAGACCCACCAAAGCCAUCUGGUUGGGCCUUUUGGAUAAGGCAGAACCCUAAGGUGGAGAGCAAUACAGCGGCGAGCUUGCCCCAUAAACAGGUUGGGGAGGUAGCAGUAUUCGAUACGCCUUCCCAAUCCAAUCCAGAAGCAGCUCAAUUCAAUGAGCAGGAGGAACAGGCCAAUGACCAAACAAGCCAAAAGAAUCCUCUAAAGCAGCUUGUACCCGAGGCAGCGCCUGCGCCAAAAAAAUCCUUCAUGAGCCUCCGCGGACGCACGAAGGCUAAAUCUUCCCCAACCGACACCCCUAUCGAGACACCAAGCUCCAGCAUGGCCACCACACCCUCUAACGCAUCACCCAGUCACUCUUCAGCCCACACCGAGACGGCACCUGCAGCACAGCUAGCACCCAACCAUCCAGCAAAGACGAAAGAACAGCCCAAUAACAUCAUUCUCCCCGAAUUUAACCACACGUAUCGGCUUGUGCAAAGGCCGUCUUACUGGCAACAGAUCCGUCAAUAUUUCCUCGGUGGCGAAUCAGCCCAACCGCAUCUACAUAUCAAUCCUGCCCCCCCUCGAAUUCGGAAGGCUGUAGCCAUUGGAGUUCACGGCUUCUUCCCGGCCGCCAUGUUCCAGAAGAUCCUCGGACAACCCAAAGGCACGUCUGUGCGUUUCGCGAACGCCGCUGCUGCGGCAAUAGAGGAAUGGACACAGGCUCGGGGUUACUCGGCGGAAAUAGAGAAAGUGGCCCUGGAAGGUGAGGGCUUCAUUGCCGACAGGGUGAAGACGUUGUGGACAUUGCUGGUUAAUUGGAUGGAGCACAUCAAAGCCGCCGACUUUGUUCUUGUCGCAUGUCAUUCUCAAGGCGUUCCCGUUGCUAUCAUGCUAGUGGCCAAGCUGAUACAGUUUGGUUGUGUGGGCACGGCCAGGAUUGGCAUCUGUGCCAUGGCAGGCGUGAAUAUGGGGCCUUUUAUUGAGUACAAGACGAGGUAUCUCGGACCUACGGCAGCAGAAUUGUUCUCAUUCUCAGACCCCAAGAGUCUGGUUAGUGAGAUGUACCUUGGUGCACUUGACGAAGUUCUCCGAAAUGGCGUCAGGAUCCUCUACAUCGGUAGCAUCGAUGACCAGCUGGUCUCACUGGAGUCCUCCACCUUCUCAACCCUCUCCCAUCCCUACAUUUACCGUGCUGUCUUCGUUGAUGGCCGUAUACACGCACCUGACUUCCUAACCCACCUCGUCGGCUUCGCGCUCAAGCUGCGGAACCUCGGGCUUCCGGACCACGGACUCGUCCGCGAGCUCUCCCCUGCGCUAGCAGGCUCGCUCUACGUCGGAGAAGGCCAUUCCCGCGUCUACGAGGAUCCCCGAGUUUACUCCCUUGCUGUCUCCCACGCCCUCGAAACAACCUCUCUACCCAUCCAAACCGCGGCGCCGCGACCCUCGACAGCCGUUAGUUUGGCGGGAAUCAAUAUUCCUGUUCCAGGGGCUAAGGAAAAUAAGAAGGAUCCGUAUGCGUUACGGGUGAAGGAUUAUGAGAAUGGGGGAGGGAGUAGUGCGAAUCAGAAUCCGUAUUUUUUGCCAUGGGCGAUGCGCGGGCUGUUGGAGGAAGAAUUCGUGAAGAAGGAGUUAGGGCGCGAGGUGGAGGGUUUAUUGGGGAUGUUUGAGGAGUGGAAACCUGUGAAGAAAGAGCUGAGAGAUGUUAAGUUCAGGCUUGAGGGCGUUAGGAGUAAGCUUUGAGUCUGAUUUAGGCUUAGGUGGUUUUGGAUGAUGUUUGGUGGGUACUUGGAGUUUCGCCAGCGCGAUGCGUGGCUAGGGCUGUCGUUGGCGAGGGGUUGGUUCUCUGGGCCUCUCUGAGCGGGGCGUGCAUGGUGUUCGGAUUGAUAUUCACGAUACCUAUCUAGACCAUCUGAGAUAUAUGCAUUCCGC